AUGCCCUUGCUGAUUCCAACUUAUAUAUAUGGAGUAACGCCGGAAGUCCUAUCAGAACCAAGUGUUCUCGGAGGGGAAGCUGCUGGCGUGGAUAAAAUCCAGGAGCGAAAAUUCACUAUUGCGAGGGACAAUUUUGCCAUCCCACUCCGAAGUCCAUGCGUUUAUGGUCCUCCAACGCUAACUCGCAGAAAUUUACUAUUUCGGCGGGAUAAUGCAACGCAACAUUUUGGUUUUAUGAGGACCAAGGUCGUGAUUCUCGCUGAGCCACUGUCCGUUCAAACUUUCGAAGAGGAGAAACAAACCGACCCCAAGCACUGUUGGAUUGGCAAAGCCAGAUUACUCCAUGUUGUUUUCUUGACUCGCCCUUGGAAUGCCGUGGUUCCUUUUCGGAGAAGGGAUCCAACAACAAACGAAAAUGGGACCCGGUUUCGCCAAGGGCCCCCAGGCCCCACGUUAGCUUUGGAGCCAGGCGCUGCUGCUAAUUCGCCCCUGAAUUCCCUGUCCAGAACCAGCCACCAUUCUCCGACGCAAAGAUCGCCCUCUAAAAUUUCUGGUUCUGCGCUAGUUGGUUGGGUUGGUGACAAAUACGAGCGUCGCUGCAGCCGAUCGCAGACGAGACAUGGUUUGUGGUCCGGAUUUCUGCGGAAACUUCCGUCAGGAGCAAGUUCCUCGAAUACGCGGCCAGCACAAGAAAACAGGUGGAGUAAAGUCGCAUGUGGUUUGGGUGGGGCUUGGGUUGCGCGGUGCCCCGCGCCAAAGCCAAAGUUCCGGAUUUUGAACCAUGGAGGCCACUGUCAUGAGGGCGGUGGUGAACCAUGCCCUUCAUUCUUUGAUCCUUCCAAGACGUCACGUUUCAUGGUGGUUUACUGCGUAUUUGUGCAUUUGCUAAAGCAAUCUUGGAUGCCAAUAUGUUGCUCUGGUUGA